AUGGCGCAGAGUGGCGCAACUUUCAAAAACAAAACUGUCAGUGAGACUUUAGAGCAGCAUUUUCAGGAUAAAAAAGUCACAGUGAAAGGAACUGCUCUUGAACUUGUAGCAGAGCUGUUAAGAAUUUUCACUAAAGAAGCUUUAUCUAGAGCGGCUCUACAAGCAAAGGCUGAAGGUGACGCAAGUGUUAUGACCGAGCAUUUGGAAAAAAUUCUAGUGCAGCUGUUGCUUGAUAUGUAG